AUGGCUCCCACAAAAGACACCGCCGCAUACAUACAGGAGCUGGCCACCCCGCCGCCUCCCGGCUCUCCUUACGGCGUGCCAAUCCCCGGUUCCGAGAAGGAAGGUCGCAGCGCCAUCUACCGUCAUUGGCGCUUCCGCGACGGCCCUCUGCUGUCCACCUUUGAUCCCGCCGUUCAGACCGUUCACGACCUGUUCGAGGAGUCUGCCAAGAAGCGCCCCAACUCGAGGUGCCUGGGCCACCGAGCCUGGAAUCCCGCGACCAAGGACUGGGACAACAAGUACACCUGGGCGACGUACGCCGAGGUUGCCGAGCGCCGCAAGAACUUUGGCGCUGGUCUCGUAGAGAUCCACCAGAAGAUUGGCAUCACCAGCGACCACUACGGCGUUGGCCUGUGGUCCCAAAACCGCCCCGAAUGGCACAUCACCGAUCUCGGCGCGGCGUCCCAGUCCCUCUUCACCGUCUCUCUGUACGAGACCCUCGGCCCCGAUACGACCGAGUACAUCAUUAACCACGCCAACUUGGCUUGCGUCGUCACGACUCUGCCGCACAUUCCCGUUCUGCUGAAGCUCGCGCCGAGGCUCCCCUCUCUCAAGCUCAUCGUCAGCCUCGACUCCUUGGACGCCGGCGAGCCGGCUGGCUACUCUAAGCUGUCUGUCCUGAACGGCAUCGCUGCCCAGCAUGGCAUCCAGAUCCACUCCAUGGCCGGCGUCGAGGAGCUUGGUCUCAAGUCUGGCCGCCCCAUGCGCCCCCCGCGUUCGACUGACUAUGUCACUAUCAACUACACUUCGGGAACGACCGGCAUGCCCAAGGGUGUCGUCCUGACUCACGGCAACGCCGUUGCUGGUCUUGCAGCUGCGAGAUCGUCUGGUACUGUCACUCACAAGGACGUCCACAUCUCUUACCUGCCCUUGGCUCACAUCUACGGAAGGAUGGUUGAUCAAACCGCCCUGGCCGAGGGUGCUGCCGUUGGCUUCUUCCGUGGUGACAUCAUUGGGGUUCAUGUCCGUCCCCGGUUGUACAACCGCUUCAACUCGGCCAUCCGCUCCGCCACCAUCGAUGCCGACGGUGUCAAGGGAUCCCUGUCCCGCCAGGUCAUCAGCACCAAAAAGGCAAACAUGAAGCUGCCUAUUGGCAAGGCGAGCAACUCUCACUUUUUGUACGACAGGAUCUGGACUCCCAAGGUUCGUGCCGCUGUCGGCCUCAAGAAGGCUCACAGCAUGGUGAGCGGUAGCGCUCAGUUGGACCCCGACGUGCAUGAGUUCCUCCGGGCUGCCUUUGGCAACCACUUCGUACAGGGAUAUGGCCUGACGGAGUCGUACGCCGUCUCGACGGUCCAGCUGAAGGGCGACUUCAGCUUGGGCAACAUUGGACCGCCCGCCUCUUGCAACGAGAUUUGCCUGGAGUCCGUCCCCGACUUCGACUACUUUGUCACCGACAAGCCGUACCCGCGCGGCGAGAUUCUUCUCCGCGGCCCCAGUAUCUUCCAGGAGUACUACAAGAACGAGGAGGAGACGCAGAAGGCCCUCGAUGCCGACGGCUGGUUCCACACCGGAGAUAUUGCCGAGGUUGACAACAUGGGUCGCUUCAAGAUUGUCGACCGCAAGAAGAACGUGCUCAAGCUCUCGCAGGGAGAGUACAUCUCCCCCGAACGCAUCGAGAACGUCUACCUCGGUAGCUCCAACCUGGCGGCCAUGGCUUACGUCCACGGUGACCCGGCCCAGUCGUCGCUCGUUGCCGUCUUCGGCGUCGACCCCGAGAACUUUGCGCCGUUCGCCAGCAAGGUCUUGAAGAAGACGAUCGACAAGACCGACAUCCCAGCGAUCAAGGCUGCUGCCGUUGACCCCAAGGUCAAGAGGGCUUUCCUCGCUGAGCUUGACAAGAUUGGCCGAAGCCACAAGUUCAACAGCUACGAGCGCGUACGCAACGUCUACCUCACGAUUGACCCCUUCACCAUCGAAAAUGAGCUAUUGACGCCUACCGGAAACAGGCUUAAGUUGAAGAGGCCGCAGGCCGCUAAGGCGUUCCGCGCGCAGAUCGAUCAGAUGUACGAGGAGAUCAACGCGGAGCCUUCGGCUAAGCCCAAGCUUUGA